CUGUUCCCCAACGCUAGUUAUCUGGCAAAGGGCGACGACGAUAUGUUUUUGCGUGUGCCGCAGUACCUUGCUGACCUGCGCACCCUGCCCCGCCAUGGGCUGUAUUGGGGUCUGCUAGACCACUCCGACUCUGGUUACGUGUACAUUAGUGGCUUUUGCACGACUCUUGGGAGGGACGUCGUGGAACAUGUUGUUUCAUACGAGCCAGUACGGAAUUUAGUGUAUAACCCAUAUUGUAUCACUCGUAAAGAGUUGUUUUUGCGAGACAUGGACCACGAAGAUGUUAUGGUUGCCCAGAUAAUAUACAAAACGAUGCACCGACAUGUCGUGUAUGCCCGUGAAAAGCCCUGUCAUUUCCAUGAUGUUCAUGUGGGUUUUCGUGUGCGUCCAGUGACGUCCCGGUCUGUGGCGAUCCAUCACCUAUGGGAGAGUGAGUAUGCUGAGAUGAUGGAGCGGUUUGGAAACGAUACUUCUCCCUCCCCUCGCAGGUUCAGGCGCCCCAGCAGAUGCUUCAUUAGAUUUCCUUGUAAUAUGUAA